AACACAACACACUUCUAUAUCUGUUUCGAAUUCAACUCUGCUGUCCUUUUUCAUCAAAUUAUCCAAUUGAUUUCGUUGUCAAAUAUCUCAGAAUAAAAACCAUCUAUAUUUCGACGAAUGUGUGUAUAAAAAAGAAAGUCUUUCUUUUUCUUUGUCCCUGAUUAAGUUUUUUCUUUUGGAAUCGGUCUGAAACUCGGACAAUUAAUCCGCCAUUUUCUCCUCGGUCUCUCUACUCAUCUCUUCAGUAUCGGAUCUGUGUCUCCUUCUCUUUCGUUUCAAGAAUUUUUUUUUCUGAAGAGACAGACACGUUAGCUGUAAUUCAAUUAUUUACUUCUUUUGGCUUACUAAACGCGUCACAAGCGUCAAUAAAAAGAAAAAGAAACUCACACACAGAGACAGAUAGUUUGCUUGAGUGGAUAAAAUGGGAAUGAGUCUCGAUUUUGAUGUUGAUCUUGAGAAAGGAACCGUCGAUUGCGUCGAUGUUUAUACACAAUCUCCAGAGAAGCCAUUGAUACCGUUGUUUCCAGAUAAUAAAACGGUUAUAACCGGAGAAGAAACCGUCGGUUCGUUAGAAAACGAUGUGAUUCCGGUUCAGUUUGCGAAACCGGGAUGGGGAAGGAACGAUCGGAAGGAGAAUCGCAAGAAAUCAGCGUCGAAGCCUCCUCGGCCGCCGCGUGGACCGUCUCUAGACGCAGCUGAUAGGAAGCUGAUAAGAGAGAUCGCUGAACUGGCGAUUCUGAAACGCGCGAGGGUUGAACGUUUGAGAGCUUUGAAGAAAUCGAGAGCGGUUAAAGAAGCGUCUGCGGCUUCUUCUCUAGGCAAUGUAUUGGCAACGCUUCUCACCGUUAUAUUCUUCUUUGUACUCGUUUUGCAAGGAUUGUCUCCGAGAGCAGCCGCUAGCUCCGGGAGAUCUCCCUUAGUAGAUGGUGGUUUAGUUUCGGUUCAGUAUGUGGGGAAUCCGUCUGCGAGUGAACCGGAUGGUGGUUAUACCGGUCCGGGUUUAGCACAGAGAUUACCGAAUUUACCAAAACCGGUUUCCGGUUCGAAAAGAAGAUGAAUAGAGUUUUACAAUGAAGUGUAAACCAAAGAGCUGGAAUUGGACAAUUUCAUCACUGGUUCAUCAAACCAUUUGUCGGUGGACCAUGUACUCUGACCGAUAAAAUUUUGGGGCAAAAUCGGCUGCUUUCUCGGCGGUUAUGAAACAAUAAACUAUCUGAUGUGGGUAAGAUUAGUUUUGUAAUGUUUUUUUCUAGAAAUAAAAUGAGAAAGAUUACAAAAUAAAAUAUCAGUGUUGUGUGUACUAGUAUAAUACAAUUUGGAUUAUAUUAGUAGAUGAUUGUUGUGCUUUUGAAGAAUGCAAUGAAGCCUCCAGAUUUUGACGAUACCAAAACGUAAAAUAAUAUACGAAAUCAUCAUUAUUGGUAUACUUUUUAAGUAUUUGAAAUCACAUGCUAGUGAUGCUUGAGUUGAAAUUUAAAAUCAAUUUAUUUAUAUAGCAUUGUAUAUUUGGAAACAGAAUCCAUGUGGCUGUACCCACUGAGCUUAAACACCAACUCUUCAAAAUUAAGUGCACAUGGAAUUCCACGUGUGUGUAUUUCAAAUGUCCAUAAUAUCUGUUUAGUUGCUGUCGC